AUGAGCCACGCAAAUUGGUUAUCGCCUUCUUUCCCCGCGGAGUAUACUCGCUACGAUUUACUCCAUCGGUUUAACUUAGGAACUCGAGGUUUGCCUUCUUCGGCGAGCCUAUCCCAUGAAGAUGGUAUACACUACACAGCAUACCCUAACAUGGUUUCCCCAGGUGUUUUAAUCGACGAAGACGGCGAAAGAGCGAGUGAAGCAGAGAAUAUGGGAUCAAAACAUUACUAUACCGGCAGUGAUGUGAAACCCCCCUACUCGUAUAUUGCCCUAAUCACGAUGGCGAUAGAAAACUCGCAAAACAAGAUGCUCACAUUGAGCGAGAUUUACGAAUAUAUUAUGACCCGUUUUCCAUACUUUCGUAAGAACCAGCAAAAGUGGCAAAAUUCAAUACGACAUAACCUGAGUCUAAACGAUUGUUUCAUCAAAGUACCCCGAAGUAUGUUUGGUAAACCAGGGAAAGGUAAUUUCUGGAGUUUACAUCCAGCUUGUGGAAAUAUGUUUGGGAAUGGCAGCUUCUUGAGGCGACCUAAAAGAUUUAAAUGUCAUCCACCAAAAUCAUCCAACGAUCCUGCAUUUGUACACCAUGUUGAUUCCUAUCAUCAUUUUAGUCUGUUCAGUACAAUGCAUCGUCACACGGCUCAGCACAGAUUCUCGCCUUAUGUAGUGAAACCAUUUCAACACAUUCUCACUCCUGCCUGUUCUCUACGGCAAGCCUAUUCCACGAGUUUUGCCUUAAAUAACGAACAGAACACGAACAAUUUCUCGAAGAAAGGAUUCAGCGUCCACGAAAUUAUGGACAAAGCUGAGGAUAGUGAGUUAUAAAGUGUACAUAUAGUUGAGGUUUAUUGUAUAUAAUCUUGUUUAAGAUUUCAUUUUUGGGGGUUUUAUAAACUGAAACAAUCUUCUUGUCAGAAGCUGCAAGUCUUAAAUUAAUAUUGAGUUUUAUAUAAAACUAGACGUUCUAGUUAAUAUUCAAGUUUUAUGACUUGAAUGAGAACAUUUAAUAGGUUUUAUAAACUGAAACAUGAACUAUAUUAGUGGUUAUUCAAGUUGAUUUUAUUUAUAUUAAUUUAAGUUCUAUUAUCCAACUAAGUAUAUCUUUUGACUUUUGUACAAUACAGUUCCAUUUUUUGAAUGGUAUGAAUGUAUAUAAGUAUCUUAUAUCUUAUAUAAAAAGAAAUACACAAAUUAACAUUAUUCUGAAAUACAUGAAUGUUUUAAGAUUAUUGCGUUGGCAAAUGAAAAUAUAAGUAACCAUACUGUUAUUUCGGUGAAAGAAUGGGAAACGGUCUUCCUUCCUUUUCGGGUUAAAAACAUGUGCAGAUUUCAAUAUCCUUGUUAAUAUUUUGUGAUUAUUCUUCAGAAAUGCAUGACUACUCAGCUGAGGUGCAGUUUGAAAUAAGAAUGGG